AUGCGAUCUAUACCUGGAUCAGUUAAACAAGCGCUUUGCUGGGGGGCUUCAUUGAGUGCCGUACCCGAACACAAUCUCUUCCUGAUUGCAUCUGACGAGAAUCGCUUCACCAAAACCAGUGGACCUGUGGCCAUUCGUUUGUCCGCGCACCCUACAGCCGCGUUCCCCCCUUCCCCAACUGUUAGGAACCAAUAUAACUACGGCAGAGUAGCAUCUUAG